AUGAGUGCAUAUUAUUAUCAAGAAGCAAAUGGAUACAAUGGUAUGCCAAUGAAUCAACAAUAUAGUGUAGAAUAUUCUCAACAAAAUUCUAUUGAUGAUUAUAUGGUACCAGAAGAAGAAUGGGAACGAGAAGCUGUACUUGAUCCAGCAUGGGAACGACAACAGAAAAAAACAUUUACUGCUUGGUGUAAUUCACAUUUACGUAAAGUUGGAACAAAGAUUGAAAAUAUCGAAGAAGAUUUUCAAAAUGGUUUAAAACUUAUGCUUUUAUUAGAAGUUAUUUCAAAUGAACAACUUGUUAAACCUGAUCGUGGUCGAAUGAGAUUUCAUAAAAUUGCUAAUGUAAAUAAAGCACUUGAUUUUAUAAUGAGUAAAGGUGUUAAAUUAAUGGUUGGUGCUGAAGAAAUUGUUGAUGGAAAUUUAAAAAUGACUUUAGGCAUGAUUUGGACUAUUAUUUUACGUUUUGCUAUUCAAGAUAUUUCAGUUGACGAAAUGUCUGCUAAAGAAGGUUUAUUAUUAUGGUGUCAACGUAAAACGACACCAUAUAAGAAUGUUAAUGUUCAAAAUUUUCAUACUAGUUUUAAAGAUGGUCUUGCUUUUUGUGCACUUAUUCAUCGACAUCGUCCUGAUUUACUUGACUAUAGUAAAUUAACGAAAGAUGAUCCAUUAACAAAUCUUAAUCUUGCAUUUGAUAUUGCUGAAAAGCAUUUGGAUAUUCCAAAAAUGCUUGAUGCUGAAGAAAUCAAUAACAGCAUAAAAGCCGAUGAAAAAGUUGUCAUGACAUAUGUAUCAUCAUAUUAUCAUGCAUUUUCUACAACACAAAAGGCUGAACAAGCAGCUAGUCGUAUAUGUAAAGUAUUGAGUAUUAAUCAAGAAAAUGAACAAAUGAUGGCUGAAUAUGAACGAUUAGCAUCUGAUUUACUUGAAUGGAUUAAACAAAAACGUCCAUGGUUAGAAAAUCGUGCGACAGAUAAUACACUUCCUGGUACACAAGCUAAAUUAGGUGAAUUUCGUGAUUAUUGUCGUUCACAAAAACCACCAAAAUUAUCACAAAAAGCUAAACUUGAAACAGAUUUUAAUACACUUCAAACACGUCUUCGUCUAUCGAAUCGACCAGCUUUUACACCAACUGAAGGCAAAUUAGUUGUUAAUAUUAUCGAUGCUUGGAAAGGUCUUGAAUUAGCAGAGAAAGGUUUUGAAGAUUGGUUAUUACGUGAAUUACGUCGACUUGAACGUCUUGAUCAUUUGGCUAAAAAAUUUCAACAUAAAUGUGACAUACAUGAAGAAUGGUCUGAAGGAAAAAUAGAUUUAUUACAAUCAACUGAUUUUACAAAAUGUUCAUUAAAUGAUCUUCGAGCAUUAUCACGUAAACAUUUAGCAUUUGAAAGUGAUCUUGCUGCACAUCAAGAUCGUGUUGAACAAAUAGCUGCUAUAGCACAAGAAUUAAAUGUUCUUGGUUAUGAGCAAAUAGCAACAGUUAAUCAACGUUGUCAAAAAAUUUGUAAUGAAUGGGAUCAAUUAGGAGAUUUGACACAUAAAAGACGUGUAUCAUUAAAUGACGCAGAAAGAAUUGUCGAACGUAUCGAUAGCUUAUUUUUGGAAUAUGCAAAGAAAGCUGCACCUUAUAUUAAUUGGCUUGAUGGAGCACGAGAAGAUUUAGUUGAUAUGUUUUUUAUACACACACUCGAUGAAAUACGCGGUUUAAUCGAAGCACAUAAUCAAUUUAAAGCAACAUUAGGAGAAGCUGAUGCUGAAUAUAAAAAUAUUAUACGUUUGGUCAGUGAUGCAAAACAAACAUGUCAAGAUAAUGGUCUUGAAUUUACGCCUAAUCCAUAUACAAAUAUUCAACCUGAUGAAAUCUCAGCGAAAUGGCAAGAAGUUCAAGGCCUUGUUCCUCAACGUGAUCAAGAUUUACAAACUGAAUAUUUAAAACAACAACAAAAUGAACGUUUUCGUAUACAAUUUGCUCAGAAAGCUAAUGUUGUUGGUCCAUGGAUUGAACAUCAACAUGGACAACUUCAACAAUUAACCGUUCAAGUUGUUGGCACAUUAGAACAACAUCAGAAAAAACUUGAAGCAAUGGAAACAAAUGUUGUUCAAUAUCGUCCACAUAUUGAAGAACUUGAAAAAUAUAAUCAACAAAUACAAGAAUGUAUGAUUUUUGAAAAUCGUCAUACACCAUAUACAAUGGAAGUUAUACGUGUUGCAUGGGAACAAUUAAAUACUCAAUUAACAAGACAAAUAGCUGAAAUUAAAAAUCAAAUAUAUACAAUAGAAAAGAAAGGAAUAAGUGAAGAACAAAUGAAUGAAUUUCGAGCUGCUUUUGCUCACUUUGAUAAGGGUCGUUGCCGACGACUUGAUCCAAAAGAAUUUCGUGCAUGUUUAAUUGCAUGUGGUUAUAAUAUUCGUGAAGAUCGACAAGGUGAUGUUGAUUUUCAACGUAUUAUGGCAAAUGUUGAUCCAACACAAACAGGUUAUGUUACAUUUGAAUCAUUUCUUGAUUUUAUGACACGUGAAUGUUCGGAAGAAGAUAGCGUCGAUCAAUUAGCACUUGCAUUUAAAACACUAUCUGGAGAUAAACCUUAUAUUACAGCUGAAUUACUUAAACGAGAAUUACCAGCUGAACAAGCUGAAUGGUGUAUGCAAAGAAUGAAAGCUUAUGCAGGUGCUGAUAGUGUACCUGGUGCAUAUGAUUAUAAAACAUUUUCAUCAGCACUUUAUGGAGAAUCGGAUCUUUAA